UCCGCAUCUCGCUUCAUUCUUCUUUCGAAGGACACAGAGCUAGGCUCGUGCAUUCCUACUCUUCAGUUUGUGCACUGGAGUUCAAACACUCCCGUGCAGCCGGCGCGUUUUCCUGUACUGUAUGUCAUCAGCGCUCAACAAAAGACAACCUAAAGCGAAAGAGGGAAUGUCUUAUGCGAUGUCGAAGAAGUCAAAGUGCCUUGUAAAUGCCUCAAAAGUGUCCAAGCCGAAAGGAAGCAUGGACAAGAUCAAGGCAUCAGCUGCUCCUCUUGCCACACAGAACAGAAGGAAAGGCUGUAACGCACCUGUGGAGUCGCCAACCUGCGAGGACGAGGAGAUGGCAGGAGGAGCUAACGUCUCUGCCAACCACAACAAGUGCGAUCCCUUGUGUCUUGUGCUGAUGCAGCUCCCUCACGCUGUUACUCAGCACGUCAAAGUCCGUGCGAGCUCCAUGCUGGCCUGCGAGAACCCCGAGUGCUGCCGGAGGUUCUGCGAGCACUGCCUGCUUACCCACCUGAACGAGGACGUGGACCCCAUGUCGAGUGACGCCUGGUCGAUCUCCAACGGCAAGCCUGUCUGGAGCUGCCCCAUCUGUCGCAACAAGUGCUGCUGCAGCGUCACGGACUGCACGGCGGAUCAUAGGCAUUGCAAGGCAUACAGAUAUCGCAGGAGGCGAGCAGAGCUGGCGUCGAAGAGGAUGGCGGCAGUGGCGGACAAGAGGGUGAAGAAGACCAUCACCAAGCCCAAGACGCCGACCAUGGCGAGGCCAACCAUCUCCCUCUUCGGACAUCGCUCUUCCAGCUCGUCGAGCAUCGACACGCCACCUGCCUGGGCCUCGGGCUCGCACCUCAGUGACGCCUGGACAUCCCGCAAGGAGGCGAUGAAGACGCAUGGAGGGGAGGAGGCAGACUCGGACGUGCUCUCACCGGUUGAUUCGGUGGUGGCCAGCCCAAGGGACUCGGUGAGAAACCUCAAGGAGGCCAGGAAGGAGACGGACGCGCUGGGGAUCUGGCAGCCCAUCCAUGACGGAGGGGAAGCGAACUUUGAUGAGGGCCACCCCUUCUUCGAGGAGAAGGAGGCUGCGGACAUGGAAGAUGGGGAUCAGUUCGGGGAGAUGAAUGAACAGGACAUGUUCGGUAGCAUGUACGGCCACAUGUGCCCGAUGCCUGACGACUACGAGUCUGCAAUGUCGGAUGUGACGUCUGACCUUUGGUCGGACCCAACGCUGAGCAGCGAGAAAGAGUUUGUGAAACUGGAGGACGGCGAGUUGGACGAGGCUCAAUGGCUGAGGAAGACUUACGAGACUGUUUAUAACCCCGCUGCUCGACAGCGGGCGCUGCAGAAUCUCAUGUCGUGUAUAGGAGGAAAGGCGAGAGAGGCGGCUGUCAACGACGGACCCAGGAAAUGCACGGUCAUGUACGAUUUUGUGUAG